AUGCGAACAACCACGCAUGGUUCACUGUAUUGGAGACAACUGGCUUUUCUCCCAGGCCAUUUAAACACUCGUCUCGCAUCACAUGGCAGUUGCGGGACUGGGAGUACGCGUAACUACAGUUUUAUUAUGGGCUCCCACCGCAUUAUUGGAGGAGAUAUGAUCACUUCUGCGGCGUUUGUUACCCCCACAUUUUCCACACGAUGCCGCUUACAUUCUGCAGUCGGUGGGGGCACUAAUACAGAUUUACAUCAGCACUGCGAGCAACAUAGUUUUGAAGGUGGCGCCUCAGUUGGAACCAAACCUACCAACUCCGCUUCUGCAAAGUCGACGGAACAGGAGGAGGCUGUAAAUAACCUGCUGGAGGAGGUUCAAGCACUGUUGAGCAGGCCCGUACCAAUCGGAUCACUCUUCCGUGCACUGUCGGCUGACAGCAAGAAAACGCUGGUGAAGAACAAGGUUCCACUUGAGCAGCUUCUGUUGCAGUAUCCACGAAACUUUGCUUUGUAUCAGCAGGGGGCGUUGCGCAACCGUACGAUCUUUUGCUCACCACCGCAUUUGGUACCGGCGAAUGCGAGGCCGAUGGUGCUCGAAAACACUUCUCAUAUUUCCGCUUCUACUUAUGCUGCAGGUGUAAGGUCGUCGUCUUCUCCCUCAUCUCCUGAGGCGCCAGCGUCGAGUCCCUUGAAACCGGAUGACAUCAAUGCUCGCGUUCUUCAACAUGACCCACUUUCAGAAAAGCAGCAACGUUUAAACACCGUGCUUCAGUACAUCCCUAACGAAUGGUCUCCCUUUACAGAACUGGGCAUUCCGGAGGAGGUGCGCGUCCGAUGCAUGGGAAAACCCGGGUUGAAGGCAAUGCAAUUCUUUGAGAGGUAUCCGCAAUACUUUGAGGUGCGGCAGCAGGGUCGCGGUGAGCAUACUUUUCAUGUUCGUCGUUCAAUGGCUUUGCAGCGGUCGCAGGAGCCACAGCACACCCAGUGA